AUGGACUAUACAUACUACCCCACGCCACAGGCACCUUAUCAGUUCCUGGGAUUCACAUCAGAACCUAAUCGAACCCACGAAGAUCCAAAAUUGAAUGGCUUUACAGGGUCCGCCUCUUCAGCUAACCAACACUUUGAUCCUGGUUUCCCAGCCUUUGACCAUAGCGUCUACGAUACGAACAAUUUCGUACCACCCCAUUUCACGAGUCACCAACACCCUGUACAUGAAAGCCCAGCACCUUCAAUUUCUCCUUCCGGCUCUCUGCAACAUAAUGGACACAUAAGCUCAACUUCAGAGCCCAACAUCAGCUCCAACAAUGGCGUCGUCGAACAAAACGUCCUUCCGGAUCCUAUGGGAGAUGUCGUUGGCGAAGAUUUUAUGAACAGAACCCGCAGCAGUAGCGAAGAGAAGGACUCUAUGACCCCUGCGCAGAAUAAGAGGAAGGCACAGAACAGAGCUGCUCAACGCGCAUUCCGUGAACGCAAAGAACGCCACGUCAAAGAACUCGAAGCCAAACUUAACGAUCUGGAAGCAGCAUCCAACAAAAUCCACACCGAAAACGAACGCCUAAAGCGGGAGUUGGCAAAAGUCGCAACCGAGAACGAAAUCCUCCGGGCCACCUCCUCGACUGGUCCGCUCCACCACCGAGCAGCGUAUGGUUCCCAAUCCGCCAGACAAGACGAAGAGAUCAUGAAUACCGGACCCAUGAAAUAUACCCCCACCGACUUUCUGGCCACCCUUGGAGUCCGUCACUCCGGAGACAACGAGUCUGCGUACACCCUGCUCGAUCCUCCUACUACAAAAAACAACGGCAACGACUCUUCCUCCCCAUCUUUGGACCCCAACAACCCCGUCUCCGUCCACCACAGUCUUCCCGCCCCACUUAUCUCUUCUCAAGGCUCCUUCACACUAUCUGCACACAAAAUCACCAUCUCACCGCUCACAGGUAACCGCUUGCUCUCCUCGGGUGCUACCUGGGAUUAUAUCCAGGCACAUCCACUGUUCAAACAGGGGCUGGUAGAUAUCGCGGAUGUAAGUGAGAAGUUGAAGGGUAAGUCGGAGUGUGAUGGGACGGGGCCGGCAUUUGAAGAGGAGAGUGUGGAUAGGGCGAUCAGGGAAAGUGCUGCGUUGGGAAAGGAUGAGCUGAUCUAA